AUUACUAACGAGACAGAAUGCCGAAGGCGAAGCGAUCGAAAGGCAGUGGCGGGCAGGAGAAAAGAGCCACUGUGGCCCUCGCUGACCAGAUCGUGCAGGCCGACGCGGUACGACCGAGUGGCCGGGUGAAAAGCAGGGAUCGCGCUGAGGAGAAUGAGGACGAGUACGUGGACGAGCGUCUGUCGCGGAAGAUUUUGGAGCAGGCGCGGAUACAGCAGGAGGAACUGGAGAGCGAGUAUGGCAUCAUCGGCAAAACGAAAGAGACCAAGAAAAAACCAUCAACCGUUUUAGGAGGUUCCGGGCCUGCUGAUCUGGACUCCGAUGACGAGUGGCCGAUGCCGGACCGAGACGACGAAGGAGAAGAGCAUGUGGAGUGCGCGGCUGAAAUUGAGGUGGACCCAGAAGACGAGAGAGCCAUUCAGAUGUUUAUGAGCAAGAAUCCCCCAGUCAGGCGAACCCUGGCCGACAUCAUCAUGGAGAAGAUAACGGAGAAGCAGACCGAGGUGGGGACGGUGAUGUCAGAGGUUUCGGGGCGCCCCGUUCCCCAGUUGGAUCCCAGGGUCAUCGACGUGUACAGGGGUGUCAGUAAGGUCCUGUCUAAGUACCGCAGUGGCAAGAUCCCCAAGGCUUUUAAGAUCAUUCCUGCCCUGUCCAACUGGGAACAGGUUCUAUACCUGACUGAACCCGAGACUUGGACAGCUGCAGCCAUGUACCAGGCCACAAGGAUCUUCUCCUCUAACCUGAAGGAGCGCAUGGCUCAGCGCUUCUACAAUCUAGUGCUGCUUCCUCGGAUACGAGAUGACAUCGUAGAGUAUAAGCGACUGAACUUCCAUCUGUACAGUGCCUUGAAGAAGGCACUCUUCAAGCCAGGGGCUUGGUUUAAAGGAAUCCUGAUCCCGCUGUGCGAGUCGGGAACCUGCACGCUGAGAGAGGCGAUCAUUGUCGGCAGCAUUCUGACCAAGUGCUCUAUCCCCGUUCUUCAUGCCAGCGCUGCUAUGCUCAAACUGGCCGAGAUGGAGUACAACGGAGCCAACAGCAUAUUCCUGCGUCUGCUGCUGGACAAAAAAUACGCUCUCCCCUUCCGGGUGCUGGACGCGCUCGUGGCCCACUUCCUGCGCUUCCGCAAUGAGAAACGCACGUUACCUGUGCUCUGGCACCAGAGCCUGCUCACCCUGGCGCAGCGCUACAAGGCGGAUUUGGCCUCCGAGCAGAAGUCGGCACUCGUGGAACUGCUCAGGUACCAGGCGCACCCUCGGAUCUCUGCGGAGAUCAGGCGUGAACUGGUGCACGCGCAGUCAAGGGACGAGGAAGUUGGCACGGCACCCAUGAUGGCGCUGGACUGAGCCCGAGAAAGAAUCCCCAGCCCCAAACCUUCAUCGGCUUUAAACUCUUUGCCGUUGCAUUUUUCGCUCGUGUUUAUUCGGCCGUUCUUGCUGUUCGGAGAAUAGCAAACGAAUUCGUUCACAAAUCAGAUGGCGUCUAGAGUAGCGGCAGCGAAAGACGACUUGAAACACAUUAUUUCUGUGUUUUUUGCUUUUGUAGAGCUAUAUAAAGGAGCUCUUCUACAUAUUUUGUGGGUUUUUUUUUUUUUUUUUUUUAAAUUCUGCAGCUCUGAUUGGUGUAAAGAGCCAAAGGAAUUGUUGGGCCUUUAUACCCGUAGUAAGAUGUGAGACAGUGGCUGUUUUGAUGAUGGGCCUGCUUGACUGCGCAGUGGUAGGGAGAGCAGAUUCGGGCCAGGCUCUUAACGCAGGAUGCGUAGAAAUUUAUUGAAACGUAUAAAGCUGUGAAAACAGUGAUUAUUUUGAAACUCUAUGAUUUUGAAACUGAUUAUUAUAAUGUAUCAACUUGAAUUUUCAGAAAUGAAGCUGAAGGAUGGCUGUAAAUGUAUUUUACUGAAAUGCAAAUGACCGAAUUUGCAUAUGCAUUUUCUAAAUUCAUCCUAAACUCAAAUUGAUGUAAUAAACUUGGGUUUAUCUUUAAAGCAGCCAAGAGGCAUGGAAACUAUUACUACUAAAGUAUUACAGCCGUUCUGUAGUGGAGGGCUGCUUUUUAUAUGGUUGGUUUUGGGAUGAACCAUGAAAAUACAGUACAAAAAGAAUAAAAACAUAACCUGGUAUUUAGAUUUCCUGCAAUGGCCCAACAUUUCUUAAGGUGAUAUUAUUUUCAGUGUUGUGCUUUAUGCAGGAAAUACGGAAUUCUUUUUGUAAACUUGCGUCAAAAAAUGUCAUUCUGUCUAAAUUUAUAUUUGAGACAAUGGGCAGAACAGGAAUAUUGAAAAGAAAUGCAUGACAUUUUAUUGCGAUUGUCAUGAACUUGUUACUGAAUAAAAUUUGAGAAUAUUGAUACGUUUAUUGAUUGAAAGAUAAAAAUAGAGAACUGAA